AUUGUUGCAGCCAAACAUGCGUGAUAUUGCUUUUGGCCUUUUUCAAAUUUUGCGAUACAGUUUUUGGUAUUUUUCUGUGCUUUUUGUUGGAACAUGACACUAAUUGUCAAAAUUGCAAUCGCACAAAAUAGUUCUGCACAGUCAUUCGUAGUGAUGUUUGUUGGUAAAUGAGACCUUUUAGUUGUACUCAUGUUCGACACAUGUGAAUCGAAGAGGGCUUUGGCUGAAUGUGCGUUGCGAUAGCGUCACAUGGCGUGUCUUGGCCCAAAUCUGUGGAAAAUCUGCAGUCAUUCUGAAAAAUUGCAAGCUCGUUUGAAUAUCGCAGUGUUUGCAUGAUUUCGUGUUCAUUUCUGCGAUCGCAAAGUCGAAAGAUCCUGGAAGGACUGAUUAGGGUAUCUUUAGAAGGGCAGAAAUUUUAGGAUCUGACUUGUGGCACUGACCGAAUACAGUAACACAUUUAAAGUCACUGAGCUCUUCAGUACAACCCAUUCUACUGCCAGUGUCUGUCUAUGCAGACUAUGUGAUGUUCUCCACUUGUAGCAAUGGAUGUGGCCGAAACACCUAAACUCUAUAAUUAGGAGGGGUGUCCACAUACUUUUGGCUGUAUAGGUUUUGAUAUAAGCAUUCGUUUUCUUAUCUGAAGAGUGGUCUAUAAGGUAAUAUGUUACUUUCUUUACUGGCUUACAAACAUCUGUCUUGUACAGAUGUCAAUCUGGCCAGAUUCGAACCCAAACCAGGCUUCUAGUCAUUGUCGGUGACGUCAUCACAGGGAAAACAACACACGAAGUAUCUACACAGAGCUUGACCUGCAAGUGCCCGACCUGCUGGAGACACUCUGGAGCUCCAUACCCAGCAUAACAUCACUAGUCACUAGUCAUAACCCAUUACACGAUUUGUCAGACUGGCUCCUGGUCCUGCCCUCGGUGCGUGACGUCACGAGGCAGCUCAGGCGGACGUGUAGGUAUGAAAAUAGAGGAACAGCCACCGGCGCCAUGUGUCUCUGAAACGCGGGACUCGGCGGAAGGUUCAGAAAGCUGAAGUGAAGCCCGGAUUGUUUGUUUUCUGUAGGAAAUGAGCGAGAAAUCAAUGGCGCGGUGUGUGUGACGUGUCCGGGUGGGUUUGAGUGUGUAACUUGGACACUAGAGUCAGAGCGAAUAGGAAACAGAUCGAUCCAGAAGUACAACAACAGCUGGUUUGAGUCAUGGACGGACUCACGGGGGAAGGUGUCAGGACAGAUCCAGACCAAGAACGGCAGUAUUGUGAGCUUUGUGGUGAGAUGGAGAACCUCAUGAAGUGUGGUCGCUGUCGCAGCUCUUUCUACUGCAGCAAGGAUCACCAGAAACAAGACUGGAAGAAGCACAAACAGGUCUGCAAGCAGGCCGAAAACAACCCGCUCCUACCGCACACACACACGCACACACACACACACACGCACACACACACACACACACCGUCGGCACAACCGAACUGCCGAGAUAACGUGAAGAAUGAACCGAAACCACUGCAGGAACAGCAGAAGAGCACAACACCAAGCUGCACGGCCUCGGAAAAGUCCAAACCACAUGUAAGCACCACACAACCUUCACCAUCGAUCAAACCUGUGUGUGGAGCUGAACCUGAACACACUGGGGAUGAUAUCUCCAACGGGCAAACCAUGUCUCCUCAUCAAAAACUGGCCACGGAAUAUAUAGGGCCAUGUAUGAAUAAACAUGGCAUUUGUGUUGUGAACAACUUCCUCGGUGAAGAACUUGGUCUCGGCGUGUUAGAAGAGGUCUGUGCUCUCUACACCUCUGGGGAGUUUACAGAUGGACAGUUAGUCAGUCAAAGAAGUGACUCAAUUAAGGACAUAAGAGGUGAUAAGAUCACAUGGAUCGAGGGAAAGGAGCCUGGAUGUGAGAAGAUAGCUGUCCUAAUGAGUCGCAUGGACGAUAUUGUCCGUCACUGUAACGGAAAACUGGGAAACUACAGGAUAAAUGGAAGGACAAAAGCAAUGGUAGCUUGUUACCCUGGCAAGGGCACUGGAUAUGUGCGGCAUGUGGACAACCCUAAUGGUGACGGGAGAUGUGUUACAUGCAUUUAUUAUUUAAAUAAAGACUGGAAUGCUAAGGAACAUGGUGGUAUAUUACGGAUCUUUCCAGAUGGCAAAACCCAGUUUGCUGACAUUGAGCCCCUAUUUGACAGACUGCUGUUUUUUUGGUCAGACAGACGGAACCCACAUGAGGUCCAGCCUGCGUACGCCACUCGGUAUGCUAUUACUGUGUGGUAUUUUGACGCAGACGAGCGAGCUCGGGCUAAAGAGAAAUACCUAACUGGUGCUGUAGAAAAAGGGGGAAAAGUGGAGCUGAACCGGUCGGCUGAGCCAAGCUUAAUGAAAAAGAGUUGAACAAACCUGCUCAAUGGAUGAGGAAAAGAUGAUAUGGAAUAGGUGUUAACCCUCAGAAUGUUUUUUUACCUGCUGCAUGAAGACAUGAAUACCAUGCCAAGGAAGGAGAGAAAUGACUGUGCUCCGUCUUAAUUGUGCUAAUGCUGUGCUAAAUGAGCAGGCAUGCAAUAAUCCACCACUGCAUGUGUAGCAACAUAUAAAAAAGUGCUUAAAUUAAGCAAGUGUGUUUGUGCUGCAAUCAGGAAACGAGAAUUCAUUUGUAAAUAUAAUAAAUUCUCAGACAGCCAAAAAUAAACAUGAUACAAUGUGCUGAACAUCCGAAGUAUACAUGAGUAUACAACAGUUACAGUUGCAUUGUUUAUUUAGCUGUGAUUUUGUGACUGCUGCAAACCUAUGCUUGUCCGAUCCAGGUUAUGUGAAAGAUCUUGGAAUUCUUUUCACACCCAUUGUCUGGUGAUAGCAUAUGUUGUAAUGUCGUUGCCAAUGAUGAACAAUAUGAAUGUCAAAAUGAAUGUCUGUUAUCCCAGACAUUGUGUUAUCAUCUCAGUUUACAGCUCUGAAUUCAGUUUUUUUUAUUUUAUUUAAAAAAACAAGGCCAUUUUAAGUUGAAUGAUAAUUGUGGCAUCACCUUGUAGUCAUUAGCAACAUGUGAAAUACAGAUGUACCAAAAUUCUUUAAUUUGUACAGGACCUCGUCAAACAUAUUAUUGAAAUGUGAACAUAUCAUGGUUUAUAGAAAAACAAGCUAAAACAUUCAGCCCAAUGAUUUAAUAAUAAUGCAGAGGGGAAAUGGAUCUCCCUGAAGCACAGAUCAGGCACGUCCUUGCACAACAGCGGGUCCUCAUAUACUGCAUUUAGCAUAAUGUAGCAUAUAUAGCAAUAUAGCGAUAUGCAGAGAUUUCCCAUAAUUAAAACUGUAUUGCUUAAACAAGGCCCCUAUUAAAAAAAACAAGAAUAAAAGAAAGCAUGGGUUAGUACAGCAGCCAGAUUGAGAUCAAUUCCACAUCUUUUUACUUGUAAAAUUCUUAGCAUCUGCAGAAGAUCUACACAAUGCACACUGGUCAUUCAUAGCUUAAAUAAAAGAAGCCACUUGGGUGUUCAAAUACAUUGAGAUAAAUUUUUGUCUAAUUCAUAUUAAUUCUAAGAACAGGAAAACCAGACAAAAUGUACAAAACUUUUGAGAAUAUUUGUGUGUGUGUGUUUAUUAGUAUUAUUAAUAUAGUAUAAAUUGUCCUGAAAGGUUUUCUGUAAAUGGACAACUUAGUAUACAUGUUUAAAACAUGAACAAAUUGGGGCUGGUAUUUAACAGCAUUUAGGGGAUAUGCAGCAAUUUCUACAGGGUUUUGUUUUUAAUCAAAACCUACCAAACGCAUCCAAAUUUUAUACAUUGUUAUAAUAAUCACCCAUUUUUUUCUUGAUUAAUUCUAAUGCUGUAAAUUGGUAAUACAAAUCUGUCGACUACAUGGAGGCAGUGUAAAAGAAAUAAUGUAGCAGUUUUUAAAAUGACUUUAAAAUGUCAAACAGAAGCUUUGCUGUCGUUUGUUAAAAAAAAAUUGUGUUAUUUAAAUUAUAAAUUUUUUAGGCCCUUUAUAAAUUACGCAACACAAUGCAGUUUAUAAACUACCACCACCACUGUUUUAGAUUUAUACAAUGAAAAAGUGCACAACCUGGGAUGAUCCUUCAUUGUUUUCAUGAGCAUGUAAAAAGAAGGGAGGGCUCUUCAAACAAGCACCAAAGGGAAUGUGCAGUUAUACAGCAACCUCAUAGGGUGUGAAAACCACCAAUCAGAAUGAGCUAUAUGUUUGUUAAAGUGUACAAAAAAAAAAAAAGAGUGGAAUUAUUUGUCUGAAAAGCUUGUUGUGUCAAAGACUAAUGAGAUUUAGACCUAUCAAUCACAAUACUGUGCUGCUGCAGUAUAGAAAUAACCAGCAGAUUAUAGGGAAAAGAGUGACCACUGACCAAACACCUCUGUAGAGUUAGAGGACGUUGUUGUAUUGAGUUUGUUAUAAAUGAAAUGUAUCAGAAAUUAUUGCAUAAUUUGUGUUAAUGAGCACAAUAAUCACUGUAUUCGGAGAACAAUACUUAAAAAAGGCUCAGUAUUACCGUACGCGUCGUGUUGCACACGAGAGGGAGAGAGUCAGGUCAGUAUUGGGAUUUCUGACAAGCCACAGUACAAGGCAGGCUGCAGAUAAUUAUGUAGUUAUAAAGAAUGAUGAAAAGGAGAUAUUAACGAUAACAUUGAAAUGUCCUGAGUAUUUUCUCUUAAUGUUUGUCCUAAUUCUGAACUACAUGCUGCCAAUUAAAACCACUAGGGUACAAUAUGAAAGUAGUAGUCCCUGCUUUGCAUUUGAUGUUGUUGUGCCCCUGUUGGUACGGCAUGCAUUCGUCAUGGCAUUGUUUCAGCAAUCUUGUGCAACGUCGCAACAUUUAUUUCCAUCCAGAGUUGCAUUCAUUUUUGGCCGAGAUCUUGUGUUGAGGACGGGAGCAUCAAACCUUUCCGUAAAGUAUUGUCCAGCACAUCCCAGAGACUUUCAGUGGGGUUAAAGUCAGGACUCUGUGGUGGCCAAAUCAUGUGUGAAAAUGAGUCCGCCUGCUCCCUGAACCACUCAAUUUAAGUACAGUUGAGCUUGAUGAAUCUUGGCACAAUCAUCCUGGAAUAUGCCUGUGCCAUCAGGAAAAAAAUCCAUUGAUGGGAUAACCUGGUACAUUCAGGUACUCAGCUGUCUUCAUUUUAUUGCUGCAUAGUGUUGCUUAGCCCAGACCUGACCAACCCCCGAUCAUAACACUGCCUCCAGAGGCUUGUACAGUAGGCAUGGUGGUGCAUCGCUUCAUGUGCUUCCCUUCUUACCCUGACGCACCCAUCACUUUGGAACAGGGUAAAUCUGGACUAAUCAGACCACAUGACCUUUUUCCAUCGCUCACAGUUCAAUCUUUAUGCUCCCUAGCAAAUGGAAGUCUUUUUUUCCCCGAUUAGCCUCACUAACAAGUGGCUUUCUUGUGGCCACACAGGUUUUUAGUCCCAAUUGCCUUACUUUCACUGUUAAUCAUAGCCAUGAGUUCUGCUGUUUAAUUUUUUUUUUUUACGAUGUGACUUCACCAAGCGUUUUAAAGAUCUCCAAUCAACAUCAUUCAAGAUUUUUUCCUGACCACAUUUCUUCUGCAAAGUUGACACUUCACAACUCUCCUUCCAGGCUUUAAUAAUGCGUUGGACAAUUCUUUACCUAAUUCCAGGGAGUUCAACAACCUCCUUAGUUGUUUUCUUUGCUUGAUGCAGGCCAAUAAUUUGUCCUUUUCUUUCUGAUAAUCACCAUCCAGUUUCAUAUUAACACCCAGCUCAUUUAUGCAGUUAUCCAAUCAUUCAAUCAUGUAGCAGCAGCCCAAUGCAUAAAGUCAUGCAGAUACAGGCCAAGAGCUUCAGCUAAUUUACUUGGUUGUGGAUUGUUGGUUCCAGAUGGGCUGGUUUAAGUAUUUCAGAAACUGCUGAACUCCUGGGAUUUUCUCAAACAACAGUUUCUAGCGUUUACAUAGAAUGGUGCAAAAAACAUUGGAUGAGCGACAGUUCUGUGGGUGGAAACGGCUUGAUAAGAGAGAUCAGAGGAAAAUAACCAGAUUGGUUCGAGCUGCCAGGAAGGAUAUAGUAGCUAAAAUAAUCACUCUUUACAACUGUGGUGAGCAUAAAAGCAUCUCGGCAUGCACAAUAUAUCGACCUUGCGCUGGAUGGGCUACAACAGCAGAAGACCACAUCAAGUCUGAGGAAUCUGAGGCUCUCAUGGACACAGACUUGCUCAAACUGGACAGCUGAAGAUUAGAAAACUAAUCUGGUCUUUUUCCAGUCUUCAACUGUCCAGUUUUGAUGAGUCUGUGCCCAUGAGAGCCUCAGAUCCUUGUUCUUGUCUGAUAGGAGUGGAACCCAAUGUGGUCUUCUGCUGUUGUAGCUCAUCCACCUCAAGGUUUGAUGUGUUGUGCAUUGUAGGAUGCUUUUCUUGGGGGAUUUUCUCCUAGGGAACAAUUGAUAAAUUUAAAAUAUAUAUUUAGAAUUGAUAUAUUUCUGUAAUGCUGCUUUGUGACAAUGUCAAUUGCUAAAAGCGCUAUAGAAUAGAAUUGAAUUGAAUUUUCUGCUCACCAUGGAUGUAAAGCUUGCUUAUUUGAAUUACUAUAGACUUCCUGUCAGCUCAGACCAGUCUGGUCCUUCCCCUCUGAUGCCUCACAUCAAUGACAUGUUUCAGUCUGCAGACCCUCCCCUCACAGGAUGUUUUUUUUUUUUGCACCAUUUUGUAUAAACUCUAGAAACUGCUGUGUGUGUGUGAGUGUGUGUGAGUGUGUGUGAGUGUGUGUGAGUGUGUGUGAGUGUGUGUGAGUGUGUGUGAGUGUGUGUGUGUGUGUGUGUGUGUGUGUGUGUGAGGUGUGUGUGUGUGUGUGUGAGGUGUGUGUGUGAGUGUGUGUGUGUGAGUGUGUGUGUGUGUGAGUGUGUGUGUGUGUGAGUGAGUGAGUGUGAGUGUGUGUGAGUGUGUGAGUGUGAGUGUGUGUGUGAGAGUGUGUGUGAGUGUGUGUGAGUGUGUGUGUGAGUGUGUGUGUGAGUGAGAGUGUGAGUGAGAGUGUGAGUGUGUGUGUGUGUGUGUGUGUGUGUGUGUGUGUGAGUGUGUGUGAGUGUGUGUGUGAGUGUGUGUGAGUGUGUGUGUGUGAGCGCGUGUGAGCGCGCGUGUGAGAGCGUGUGAGCGCGCGUGUGAGAGCGUGUGAGCGCGCGUGUGAGCGCGCGUGUGAGCGCGCGUGUGAGCGCGUGAGCGCGUGAGCGUGUGUUUGAAAACCCUAGGAGAGCAGCAGUUAUAGAAAUACUGAAACCAGCCCAUCUGGAGCCAUGCCAUCCCCAUUCUGAUGUUUGACGUGAACAUUAACUGAAGCUCUUGACCUGCAUCUGCAUGAUUUUAUUUAUUUUAUUUAUUUCUUUUUUUUGCUUUGUGAUGCUGCCACAUGAUUGGCUAGUUAGAUAACUGCAUGAAUGUGCAGGUGUUCCUAAUAAAGUUCACGGUGAGUGUACAUUUAUAAAGAAUGGCCAUUGUCAUGGUCCCCCACUACCGACACAGUACCCUACUACACCCACAGUUAAAUAUGUUUUUAUUUUAUUAAAUGAAAGGGAGUCGAAUGAAAACCCUUUUUUUUUUUUUUUUUUUUUUUGCAUUAUUGUCACAAAAUGUGUAUAAUUUUUCUAUGUCCUUGCUGUGGCCUGUGAAUGAUUGUUGAUGACUCAUGUAAAGUACAGCUGUGUACACUCUGUUUCUCUAAUUUAUGUUGCACUUUUUAAGGUUUUCCUUUGACUCACCCAUAUAUAAAAAAUGUAUAUAUGAAGUACAUUAAUUUUUUACCAUAUAGUGUUUUGAUUUGAUUAGAGAACUGCAUUUUCAACAAAAUUAUAUUUUUAAUAUAAUACUUUCCUUCAGAUUUUUGCUAAAACAUUCAUGUGAUGUAUUUAUGUCAUUUAGUUAGUAGAAAAAAUAAUCUGUCCAGUUUUUAAUGUUUUAUUUCUUUACUUAUUUUUUCUUGGCCUGUACUAGCAGUAAAUUGUAAGGCAGUAUGCAGUUUUUACCGUGUCCACUGGUAAUUAUUUACACUGCUGAAAAAUAAUUAAUAAAAUGAUUUCCACGUCACAUAUACAGUUGUAGAGCCUUAUGGUUAUCCUUGUUAUAGUUAUAGUAGUUGAUUAUACAUACACAAUGCUGUGCAAACGGUGUUUUUUUUGUUGUUGUUGUUUGUUUGUUUGUUUGUUUUUUUGUUUUUUAAACCUAAAGUCAAUGUUGAGGUUGUAGGUCUGAGCUGGUCACCUUAAUGCUGUAAGUACUUUCCCUCCAGGCAGGUCUUCAUCAUGUGUGAAGUGUAUUUGGAUGGUUAUCAGAUGAAAUUUGAUUUGUGAUUUAAUUUUAAUUAUGAAGGUCAUUAUGAAGCAUGUAUUCAUAUGACUGAAUAUUGAAAUAUAUGCAAUAAAUUGUGAUUUUUCUUAAUUCAUUCAAAUUCAUCUGAGUUUUCUAUUGACUCAACGGAAGUCAGAGAUUUUAAGUACCGCCUUUUCAUUUGCCAACACUCACACAAUAAUAUUAACUUAUUUUUGGUGAUAAAGCAAAUAAUAAAAAAUAAGUUAGCAUGUUUUAUUUUCAAGAAAAAUGAUUGAACUGAUGGAACAACAUCCAUCCAUCCAUGCAUCCAUUUUCUGUACCAUUAGAGGGUUGCGGGGAGCCUGCAGCCUAUCUCAGGGGACUCAGGGCACGAGGUGGGGGACAACCUGGACGGGGUGCCAACCCAUCGCAGGGGACAAUAUAAAAUUAUAAAUACUGACCACUAAAUAUUUCACUGUGAAAUAUACAAAAUUACAUAUGACAAAAAAUAACUUUUUGAGGAUUUGAGUUCCAUUUUAGUCCUAGAAUGUUACACAGGCAUUGAGGUUACUGUGGUCUCAUUUUCUUUUUGCUUUUGUAUCUGUAGCAUACACUCUACCCACUUAUUCAUUUUGGCUUUUAUAUAUUCUGUAAUUUGUAACACCAGCCUCUCUCUUCAAUAGACUGAAAUAAAGUGUGGCAAAUUUGGGACUAGUGAUUGCUAAAAAGGGACCUCACGUUGCCAAACAGGGGUCACGCUGUGACAGGCAGUAUGUGCUGAGCUGAAAAUGAUGCACGAAUAUUGACUAGGGUUAUCACGAUACCAGAAUUUUGAGAGGAAAGCAGGUGGAUUAAUCUGUCAUUACUUUAUACUGUGUGUAUGGUUUGUGUCGCUGCACACUCUUCAUUAGCAGUAAUGUGGAAUGUGAUGUGCCAAGGGAAAAUGACAUCUUGAAAUAUAGAAUUGAAAGUAUUGACACUUCUGGAAUCAAACCAUCUUCUUUAUGGUUAAGAAUUGAAAAAAGUACCAAAGUUUUCAUACAUUGUACAGCCCUAGUACUGAUAUUCUACAAAAACUAUGAAGAUCUCGUAGAGGUGAGCAGAUUCAAAACAUUUAUUUGUAGAUUUUGAGAAAAUCUACUAAAAAGGGAAAGUUAAUAAUUUACACACAAUGGUGCAAAAGACAAAAAAAAAAAAAAAAAAAAACAGUGAGUGAGUUCUGUGGGUGGAAAGGCCGCGUUGAUAGGAGAGGAAAAGGGCCAGGUUGGUUUGCGCUGCCAGGAAGGGUAUAGUAAUUCAUACAAGCGCUCGUUACAACCGUGGUGAGCAGAAAACCUUACAGUGGAUGGGCUACACCAGCAGCACAACACAUCAGGUUCCACGCCUGUCAGCUAAGAACAGGAGAACACUGAGGUUGUCAUGGGAACAACCUCACCCAAACUGGACAGUUGAAGAUUAGAACAACAAAAAUAAAAUAAAAUCACUUGGUCUUUUUCCAGACUUUGGCUCAGAAAAGACUGUCCUUUUUCUCUGAUUGUGCCUCUCAUCAUCUUAGAUACAAACUUCUAAGUCAUCGCUGAUGCUACUUUCCAACUUUCCUGUUGGGAAUCGACCUCAUGAAGGCCAAAGGUUUUCCUGCUGUGCCACUCAGGAGCCCAGUUUCAUUGUGAUGAAAUCAUGUGACAGUGACAAUUUGCAACAAUGUUUAUGAUGUUCUCAUUGCAUUUUCUUUCUUUACUGUUCUUGUUGUAUUUAUUUAUUUACUUGCACAGUCUGUGUCCAGCACUUAGCAUUUCACUAUGCACCGUACCCUGUAUAACUGUAUGUGACAAAGUAAACCUGUGAAACCUUGCAUCCUA